AUAGAAAAUACUACGACCACAGACAAUCAAUUUCAACUGAUCAAGGCGGUUCCAGGUCGUUCGUGACAAAGGACAGAAUAAAGCAUAGAUCAGCAAUUUAUAAAAAGGAGUAUAAUUUCAGCAGAAAAUUUCGUUUUUAAUUGCAUUAUUUAUUUACCAUGAGAGAAUAUAAGCUAGUUGUUUUAGGUUCAGGAGGUGUCGGAAAGAGUGCAUUGACAGUUCAAUUUGUUCAAGGUAUAUUUGUUGAGAAGUAUGAUCCUACUAUUGAAGAUUCUUAUCGAAAGCAAGUUGAAGUUGAUGGAGCUCAAGCAAUGUUAGAAAUACUUGAUACAGCAGGAACAGAACAAUUCACUGCUAUGAGAGAUUUAUAUAUGAAAAAUGGCCAAGGUUUUGUGCUGGUUUAUUCUAUUACUGCACAAAGUACAUUUAAUGACUUAAUGGACCUUCGUGAUCAAAUUUUACGUGUUAAAGAUACUAAUGAUGUACCAAUGGUUCUGGUAGGAAACAAAUGUGAUUUAGAAGAAGAACGAGUAGUCGGUAAAGAUCAAGGGCAAAAUUUAGCCAAACAGUUUGGGAACUGCACAUUCUUGGAAACUUCCGCAAAAAUGAAAAUAAACGUGAACGAAAUUUUUCACGAUCUUGUUCGUCAAAUUAAUCAGCGUCAACCUGAAAGUACACGUGCAAAAGGUGGUCAAAAGAAAAAAAAUAACUGUGUUCUACUGUAAAUGUUCGUUAGCGAUUCUUAGAUAACGGUGUUGGCUUAAACCCUCUAUGAUCCGAUAAGCAAACAGCACUUGCAUAUUUUAAGGGAGUAUUUAUUCUCCAAUAUGUGAGUUUAUAAAAGGAUUUUAGCUGACUAAAUUAUUGACUUGAUUUGUCAGAAAUCUUACAAUUUAACCUUCCUUAAUACCAAUAUUUUAUCUCAGAGAGCACUCGUAUUACUUAUUUAUUUUAUUUUUUUGUUUUACGCUGUGAAUUAUUUUUCUGUAUGUUUUAACUGGAUCUUAAAUUCGUUGAUGCAGACACCACAAAAUUACAAAAUAUAGUACUAUGUGCAGCCAUUUUCAAUAUUUUCAAUAAGUGUUUAAUUGGACAUAAUUAUGCAAAAAAAAAAAAAUCGUUCUGCAUGUUUUUGUUAUUAAUAAAGUAAGCUUAUUAUGUGACAUCUGAUGUUUGUUUUUUUGCCUUUUUUUUUUUUUUUAACAAAUAAUUUAUUGCAUAAAUACGUCAAAUUAAACUUAUCAAAAAUAGAUUAUUUUAAUUUUAUUUGACUUAUGUUUUUGUAUUGGUAAAAAAAAAACUCAAUGGCGCGGAAUUUUUUCAAAGAUAAAAAAAAGUUCUGUAAGACUUUUGCUUGAAGUUAAAUAUCAAUUUUAUACUGGGGUUUUAUUUAGCCAGUGAAGAUCGUUUGUACUUAGUGUGUAUGAAAAUUCUCUCAUUAAAGUUUUGUAUAUAUAUAUAAAUGUAUUUCAUUUGCAAAUACUACUCCAUAUUGAGUGGUUCAUUUAAACGAAUAUAAAUUUGCAUUAUAUUUUAGCUAUUCAA